AUACUGUGCUUUUGAAGUAAAAACUCUCUCAAAUUUAUUCAAGUACUCUCUUCAUUUAUUUUAUCUUUAAAACUUUUGAUUCUUCAUAUAUAUAUUUAUAUAUAUAAGGUUUUAAUCGUCGAAGGCUUCGUACCACCCAACCAAUCCUUGUAUCACUUAACUCAUUCACACACCACUACUUUCCGACAUCCCAAAUUGUUUCUCAAGUUCAUUCAUAAGCCAAAAUCCGGUUGAACCUUCGAUAAAUUUUUCCGGCAAAUUUUUUGUGUUUAUCAUGAACAAUUUCAAACUCUACCAUGGCUCCAAUGCUCUAGCGGUGGAAAAAUGUGUGUAAAUACAGGAAUUUACCAAAAAGAACUGUAUAUAUAGCACUCCGUAAGGUUACCCACGCUACAAAUAAGACUGAAGAUGUGGAAGCUUAAGAUUGCAGAGGGUGGAAAACCAUAUUUGUAUAGCACCAACAACUUUGUUGGAAGACAGAUAUGGGAGUUCCAACCUAAUGCAGGAACAGCAGAAGAGCGAGAAGAGGUCGAAAAGGCCCGACAAAUCUUCAAAAUUAACUGCGCCAAAGGAGUUCACCCCUGUGGUGAUCUGCUUAUGAGGAUGCAGCUUAUCAAGGAGAAUGGGAUUGAUCUUUUGAGCCUACCACCAGUCAGACUCGGAGAAAACGAAGAAGUGGAGUAUGAAGCAGCAACCAUUGCGGUGAAGAAAGCUAUUCGCCUUAAUCGUGCUAUCCAAGCACAUGAUGGACACUGGCCAGCUGAAAAUGCAGGUCCUAUGUUUUUUACACCACCCCUCAUUAUUGCCUUGUACAUCAGUGGAGCUAUUAAUGCAGUUCUAACUCACGAACACAGGAAGGAGAUGAUUCGUUAUAUCUAUAAUCACCAAAACAACGAUGGUGGAUGGGGUUUCUAUAUUGAGGGUGACAGCACUAUGAUUGGCACCACACUUAGCUAUGUGGCUUUAAGGUUGCUCGGAGAGGGACCAAAUGACGGUAGUGGUGCUGUUGAUAGAGCACGGAAAUGGAUCCUAGAUCAUGGUGGUGCAUCCUCUGUACCCUCUUGGGGGAAGACCUAUCUUUCGGUUCUUGGUGUACACGAAUGGGAAGGAUGCAACCCCUUGCCCCCAGAGUUCUGGCUGUUUCCCUCAGUUUUUCCUUUUCAUCCCGCCAAAAUGUGGUGCUACUGCCGUACAACUUACAUGCCUAUGUCCUACUUGUAUGGGAAGAAAUACCAUGGAACAAUCACUGACCUUGUGUUAGAAUUAAGACAAGAAAUCCACCCUAUUCCUUAUGAGGAUAUAGACUGGAACAAGCAGAGGCAUAACUGUUGCAAGCAGGAUCUGUACUACCCUCAUAACUUUGUACAAGAUCUGCUAUGGGACGGACUUCACUACCUUGGUGAACCAAUCAUCAACUGUUGGCCUUUUAACAAAAUACGAAAGAGAGGUCUAAAUAGAGCCAUUGAACUAAUGCGCUAUGGGGCAGAGGAGAGCAGAUAUAUAACCAUUGGCUGCAUAGAAAAGAGUUUACAAAUGAUGUGCUGGUGGGCUGAGAGCCCUAAUGGUGAUGAGUUCAAACAUCACCUUGCUAGAGUUCCUGACUACUUAUGGCUAGCCGAGGAUGGUAUGAAGGUGCCGACCUUUGGGAGUCAACUGUGGGACUGCGUUCUAGCAACUCAAGCAAUUAUGGCAACUGGCAUGGUUAAAGAAUAUGGAGAUUCUCUUAAAAAGGCGCAUUUCUAUAUUAAAGAAUCGCAGAUUAAAGAAAAUCCAUCUGGAGAUUUUGAAAGUAUGUGUCGCAAAUUUACUAAAGGAUCAUGGACUUUCUCAGAUCAAGAUCAAGGCUGGGCGGUCUCUGACUGCACUGCUGAAGCACUGAAGGUAUACCCCCUGUGCCUACUAUCACUUUCCCAAAUGCCAGAGGAAAUUGCAGGACAGAAGGCAGAUGUAGAAAGAUUACAUGAUGCCAUUGAUGUCCUUCUGUUUUUACAAAGUCCUGACAGUGGCGGUUUUGCUGUUUGGGAGCCACCAGUCGCACAACCAUACUUGCAGAUGCUAAAUCCUUCAGAGAUUUUUGCGGACAUUGUGGUAGAAAAAGAGCAUGUUGAAUGCACGGCUUCUAUAAUCCAAGCUCUGGUAGCAUUUAAAUCUCUGCACAAAGGUUACAAAGAGAAAGAAAUAGAUGUUUCUGUGGCAAAAGCAGUACAGUAUCUUGAAGCAAAGCAAUAUCCUGAUGGUUCAUGGUAUGGCUACUGGGGCAUUUGUUUUUUGUAUGGCACGUUCUUCGCAUUAUCAGCCUUAGCCUCAGUGGGGAAGACAUAUCAUAACAGUGAAGCAGUACGGAUAGCAGUUAAGUUUUUCCUUUCAAAGCAGAAUGAAGAGGGUGGUUGGGGAGAGAGUCUUGAAUCAUGCCCUAGCGAGAAAUAUACUCCACUGAUGGAUAAUCGAACAAAUUUAGUACAAACAUCUUGGGCUAUGCUAGGCCUCAUACAUGGUGGACAGGCUAAGAGAGAUCCUACCCCAUUGCAUAGAGCAGCAAAGUUGUUGAUUAAUGCACAAAUGGAAAAUGGAGAUUUUCCUCAGCAGGUAAGAUCAAGUUCUCUAUCGUCUUCCCUUCUGUUCUGGUUUCUGGUAGUUUCAGUCCCACCAUCGGAAGUGUAUUUUCAGGAAAUCACUGGAGUCUACAUGAAGAAUUGUAUGCUACACUAUGCAGAGUAUAGAAACAUAUUUCCACUAUGGGCCUUAGCAGAAUACCGUAAACAUGUCUGGUUGUCAAAUUGAAUGUAUUGAGCUUAAGUUCUGUCUGAUAGUUCCAGAAAGUGAAUUCUCCCCGUUUAGAAACUAUUGAUGUAAACUUUCCCCGUUUAGGAACUGCUAAGAAGAGUACAGCAUCUUCCAUUGAUCUUUCUCUCUCAGUCCUGUCUGUGCUUCUCCAGUACAAAUAUGUACUUUAAUUUAUAAGCAAAGUCUUUAACUGAU